AUGGUUGACAAUUUGGACAAGGCUAUUACUAAGGUGGUUGAAGUGGUUUCAGAAGGUCGUAUUUUGAAGCCAGAAGAUGUCUUGGCCAUGAUCGACGACGUUGACUACUAUGCAGAGGCCGAGCUUGUGUCCAAAAUGGUCGAGGAAACCAAGAAGAAGGGUAUGGACUUUGCUGUUCACUGUAUGGCUUCUGGUAUUAAGAUAGAUGCGCCUGGUGAAGGGUCUAACCCUGUUAUUGAAGAGAUAAGGGACUUCGUUUGGAAGGCUAACGUCGACUUUGCCAAACUGACGAAGACGGUUACGUUUAAGGGUCCUAUUGUUCGCUACGAGUACUCCCGUGAAGUUAAGCAGGGUUGUUACAAUGACUCUAAGGUUAAAGGUCCUCGGCUUACUAGUGGCGGUCUGUCUUUCGCCGUUACACCUUUGAUAAGGCGAGGUAUGUUCAACCAGUUCGAGCAAGAGGUUAUGCAUCUGACUCUCGUUAAGGGAAGUACUUUCGUCCCUGAAGUAUGGACGUCUCUCUCCCCAGAGUUAAGGCUUUUUAUAGUUACUGGAGAGACAGUCUUUUUGGAUGCUAAGCCUGGUCAAGAACUAACGGUUGAGGUACUCGAAAAGGCUGGAAUAUGGCAUCCCUGUUCCAUUCUUACCGUGGGUUCUCUGUUACGGUUUAUUUGCGUCAAGAUGAUGUUGGACGUUACGUCUCAGUGGGAGAAUACUGAGAAUUAUCCUAUCCUCCUCCCCCUUAAGAUUCCUGCUGAGGAUUCGGCACUGGCGGAGGAAAGGUGUUAUCGUAUGGUUACCCACUCAUUGUAUUUUACGGCCUUGAGGAUAUUGACUAUGUAUAAGGUUCUCUUUUAUAGGACUUUACACAUAUAUUUCAAGUCGGUUAAGAACUAUUGUAUGGUGAACCGCUUGGAAGGUCAUACUUUUGAUACUAUUGCUCAGCAAGCUUGGAAAAGGUAUGAGUCUGAGAUGUUCUAUAUUGAGACGGAAGGUCCUGAUGAUAAGUGUUUCUAUAGGGCUCUCACAGUUGCUGAGACAAGGUUCUGCCGUGUUCGUGAUGGAGAAGAAGAGGCCUAUCCUAUGGAUGGUUCAGCUAUGGCUAUUCCGUGGGAGACUAGGGGUGACCAUGAUGAGACGCUUCAGCAAAUCGCUAGAGAUCCUAAGAAUGGUUAUGUUGAUUCUGCUACUAAAGAACCUACUAGGGUGGUUGAUGAAGCUACUGUCGCUACUAUUACUAGUAAUGAUGCUAAGGUUACAACCCCCCAGGUGGAGGUGACUGGUAAUGAUGGUUCUUCCUCUAAGUGGGACAAAAACUGGUAUGGUUCUUCCUCUAAGUGGAGUGGAGGAUGGUAUAAUACUACCGGUUCGGCUUCUAAGUACAAGGGUAACUGGUAUGAGACUCCUCAGUCCGAGAGUAAGGGUCUUCCCCAACCUGUAUGGGAAUCUCCGGCUAUUGUUACUAAUGAUAAAGAAGCACAAGGUGGUUCCAGCUGUUCUAAGAGUGUAUUUUUGAGUGAUGUCAUGAAGUCCACUUAUGAAGGAGGUUCGGUUGAAGUAAAGUCUUCAGAGAAGGGUAAGAAGAAAAAGUCGAAGAAGAAGAAGUCUAAAGGGUCUAAAGAUGAAGGUUCUUCAAGCUCUUCUAGUUCUUCAAGUAGCAGUAGUGAUGAAUAA